GAUUGUAUUUCAAUAUCAAAGCCACCAAACACAUCUUCUUUUCCCAGUAUGGAGUUCUCAAAGGCUUUCCUAACUAUUUUCGCUCUUCAAGCUCUCCUAAUCACCUCAGCUAAACACUUAACUGCCCCUGCAACCUCAGAUAUCUUCCGCGAAUACAUUGGUGCAGAGUUCAAUAACAUAAAAUUCUCAGAUGUACCAAUAAACCCCAACGUGGAGUUUCACUUUAUCCUUGCUUUUGCCAUCGAUUAUACCACUUCUUCGUCUCCUUCUCCUACCAAUGGAAAAUUCAAUAUAUUCUGGGACAACGAUAAUCUCAGUGCUUCCAAAGUCUCCGCAAUCAAGAAAAAGCAUUCAAAUGUAAAAGUAGCACUAAGCUUAGGUGGUGAUAGCGUUGGAGGAGGAAGCGCUUACUUUAGUCCAUCUUCCGUGGAUUCAUGGGUUUCAAAUGCCAUAUCUUCACUCACAAACAUCAUCCAAGAGUAUAAUCUAGAUGGCAUUGAUAUCGAUUAUGAACAUUUCCAAGGAGAUCCUGACACAUUUGCAGAAUGUAUUGGACAGCUCAUAACCGCCCUUAAGAAGAAUGGUGUCAUUUCUUUCGCUUCCAUAGCACCAUACGACGAUGAUGAGGUUCAAAGCCAUUACCUGGCUCUUUGGAAGAGUUAUGGUCAUCUCAUCGACUACGUGAACUUUCAAUUCUAUGCAUACGACGCAGGAACAACUGUUUCUCAAUUUAUGAAUUAUUUUGAGACUCAGACAUCGAAAUACAACGGAGGGAAGGUGUUGGCUAGCUUUAGUACUGAUGGAAGUGGAGGUUUGUCUCCAGAAAAUGGCUUCUUCACUGCAUGCCAAAGGCUCAAAAGCAAGAAAGAACUUCAUGGUAUAUUUAUAUGGUCUGCUGAUGAUUCUAUGUCAAGAGGAUUCCCCUAUGAGAAGCAAUCACAAGCACUAUUAGCAAUCUCUCACUAGUGUUAAGUUAUCAGUAUGAUCUUUUUCUGUGUAUGAUCUUUUGCUGUGUUUUUAUCUUUCAUCUAUCAAUAUACUUUCACCUAUAGAUA